AUGAGUUCAAAUGUCUCCGGUCAGCGAGAUUCAAAGAACAUUGACUAUGUCCUCCGGUCUGGUCUUGCCGGUGGGAUUGCGGGUUGCGUCGCAAAGACUGUGGUCGCUCCUCUUGAUAGGGUGAAGAUUCUUUUUCAAGCGUCCAAUCCUGAUUUCCAGCAAUAUGCAGGUUCCUGGAGUGGGGCAUAUCGUGCGGGCACUAAAAUAUUCCAUGAUUCUGGUAUACGGGGUCUCUUCCAAGGGCAUUCGGCGACGUUGUUGCGUGUUUUUCCUUAUGCUGCCAUCAAAUUUAUGGCGUACGAGCAGAUACACAACCUUCUAAUGCCGACGAGACGAGACGAGACGAACUUUCGCAGAUUUUCAGCGGGCGCCAUAUCAGGGUUAAUAUCCGUUUUCUUUACAUAUCCUUUGGAGGUUACCCGCGUGCGCAUGGCUUUCCAAACAGAUCCGCCUUCGCAACCUAUACAGCGGAUUCGCCCAUCCUUGGUCCAAGCGGUGCAUCAUAUGUAUUAUGAAACUGCGUCAAUACCAAAAACCACGGCCACCAUCAGCCCGACAAGAACUCUCUUCACUCGUUUCCCCAUUCUCAAAUUUUAUCGCGGGUUUACCGCGACUAUCGUCGGUAUGAUACCCUAUGCAGGAAUGACCUUUCUCUGUUGGGGAUACUUGCGCGCCUGUUUUGUUCCCCAAAGCUCGCCGAAGAAGGCUACACCGGGUGCUGACCUUACUGUAGGCGCCGUUUCGGGGGCGACGGCCCAAACACUUUCUUAUCCACUUGAAGUCAUUCGGAGGCGGAUGCAAGUAGGUGGGGUCACUCGGCCUGAUCGCUGGCUUCGGUGGGGAGAGACAAUGUCCUCCAUCUGGAGGACCAGUGGAUGGAGGGGAUUCUAUGUGGGACUGAGUAUAGGCUAUUUAAAAAUUGUGCCUAUGACGGCGGUAAGCUUUGCCGUAUGGCAAGAAGGGAAACGAUUGCUGGACGUCUAA